UCAUGAUACUUUCACUUAAUGUAAUUGUUUAAUAUAACCCGAGUUUAGUAGCGAUAAAGCCACUGACUAACUAUAGUUCUGCAGUAAAAUCAGGAAAAUUUAGUGCGUUCACACUUAAUAUAUAAUUUAUUUUUUAUCAAUCCGGUGCUUACUUGGUUACAAAAUCAAUAAUUGUGUUUGUUUGUCAUGCUGGCAGAAUCUGACUUGACUUUCAAAGAGGUGACAACGAAAUAUACGAGCGAACUUUACAAUGUUUAGGCGAUACAAGUACCAGCCGCUUGGCGAUAAUUACAUCCCAACUAUCGGAAUCAGGCACCUACAAAUCCUAGUAUUAUUUUUGUUAACCUUUAUCGCAUAUGGAAUACGGGUGACACUAUCUGUAGCUAUUGUAGCUAUGACUGACCCAACUGCCAGUGUUAAUCCACAAGUUCCUACCUACCCAGAAUGGCAUGACAAGAGUAUAGUAUUGUCAGCAUUUUUUUGGGGAUAUAUAAUCCCUCAAGUGGGCGCGGGAUAUUUAUCUGGUCGAUUUGGUGCUAAAUAUUUUCUGCUUGGCGCCAUGGCAGCUUGCGGCUCUUUAUGCUUAUUUGUGCCCCUAAUGGCCGCCCAUUUCGGCUCUAAAGGGGUUAUGAUAAAUCGAGCUUUGCAAGGAUUAAGUCAAGGUUUCAUUUUCCCAAGUGUUCACCAAACUUUAAGCCGGUGGGUUCCCCCUGACGAGCGUUCCAGAUUGGGCACAAUAGUUUAUGCAGCUGGUCCGUUUGGUACGGUAGUAGCUAUGUUGAUAACAGGGAUAAUAUCUGCAAGUAGCUAUGGCUGGCCCAUGGUGUUUUAUCUCUAUGGAGGGCUUUCACUUGGCUGGGCACUGUUAUGUUUAAUAUUCACACAUAAUAGUCCAGGAGUACAUCCUAGAAUAAGUGAGGCUGAACGAUACUAUAUUGAACACAGCUUGGGAGAGACUGAAGAGAAAAGUAAUGAAAACCGCCGAAUACCAUGGAAGUCUAUUGCAACCUCUUUGCCGAUGUGGGCAAUAUUAAUUAGUCACUGUGGACAAAAUUGGGGAUUCUGGACUUUAAUGACUGAAAUACCAAAUUAUAUGGCCCACGUGAUGAAUUUCCAUAUAAAAUCGAAUAGUGUCUUAUCAGCUCUACCAUAUUUCGUCCUUUGGGUCCUUAGUUUUGCCAUGAGCUUCUUUUCAGAUUAUCUAAUCGUACAGCGAAUACUAAGUAUUACAAAUUGUAGAAAAUUAUUUAAUUCGAUUGGACUAAUUAUUCCUGCCAUUGCCCUAAUAUUCCUAGGGAUAACUCCAGCUGAUCAGCCUAACAGGGCAGUAGCUCUACUAGUGAUAGCAGUAGGCUUAAAUGCUGGCAUUUUUUGCGGAUUUAAUGUAAACCAUGUGGACAUAUCUCCAAGAAAUGCUGGAAUCCUAAUGGGGAUUACGAACUGUAUUUCGAAUAUAACUGGGAUUUUGGCGCCGCUAUUUGUGCAAUUCAUUGUAACGGACGAGCAAGAUCCGAACCUAUGGAAAAUAGUAUUUUUCCUGACUGCUAUUAUAUACGUUGUAUCGGAUAUAUUUUAUGUCAUAUUUGGUUCCGGGGAGGUUCAGAAAUGGAACGACACAGAGGAUAAAACUAACAAGGAGCCUUAACGCCAGACAGAAGACUAAUAAAUUUAUUUGCAGCCUGUGAUAAAAAACUAUACCUAUAAUAAAUUUUAUUCAGAAAUAAAGUUACAUGUAUUUUUUUAAUUAAAUUUUAUUAUGUAUGUACAAUUGUAAUACGAAUGCAAUUUUUUUAAUAUAUAUGUAAAAUCAA